CCCCAGUGUGCACCGCUGCCACCCUGGAGCCGCUUUAGUUUUCCCAACAAGCAGAAGUCUGCAGAACUAUCUCCCACCAUGAUGAGCUCUUCAUUGGGCAGCAACCUGUCAGAACUGGACCGACUACUCCUAGCAGGGCCGGCUCCAGGUACCAGGCAACCAAGCACAUGCUUGGGGCGGCACCUGAUGAAGCCAGCGGGAGCCCCUCCCUGCCCAGUGGGACUGGACCUCACUAUGUUGUCCCAGAGAGCACUAGCUCUUUGGGGGUGAAGGCAGCACCCCCUACAAAAGAGAAGCCAAAGCGGAACGGAGGGCGUGGGAUUGAGGAUGUGCGUCCCAGUGUGGAGAGUCUUUUGGAUGAACUGGAGAGCUCUGUGCCAAGUCCAGUCCCUGCCAUCACUGUGAACCAGGGUGAGGUGAGCAGCCCACAGCGAGUCACCUCCAGCCAGCAGCAGACUCGCAUAUCUGCUUCUUCAGCCACAAGAGAACUGGAUGAGCUGAUGGCAUCUCUCUCUGACUUCAAGGUGCCCAACCCUAAUAACUUCUGAUCUUGUGUUCUCCACUCACUUGUCUGUCAUCCAUUUCUACUGACCACCUCCUCUCCUCAGAUCACCCACUGCAACC